GUUGCUUUCAUUUUCCAUUUCAGCGCUGUUACGAAAUGGCCUCGAGUAAAGGGUUCUUAAGCCCUAAGAGAUGUAGAAGCCUGCCGAUAACUCCACCCACAAUGUCUGAAGUGAGAAUUGUGCUGCUGGGGGAAAACGUUCUCCUGACCAGUAGAGUGGGAAACUUCAUCCUGGGCAGAUCUGCAUUUGAGACUGAACUUCAUUUUUCUUCAGUAAAGCUGUACAGUGAGAGAGCCAGUGGUCACGUGGAGGGAAGAACCGUCAUCAUCAUCAACACGCCUCAUCUCUAUAAUCCACAUCUCUCUCAGGAGGAACUGACUCAGAGAGUAAAGGAGUGCAUUUCUCUCGCUCAUCCUGGACCUCAUGUGUUUCUGUUAGUGCUUCAGUCAGAAAAAUUCACGCAUGAGCAACAUGACAGAGUCAGAAGCAUAUUGGAAACUUACAGCCCACUGUCUCGGAAACGCUCAAUAGUGAUAACUACAGGUGAAGACCAUGGAUUCAUCAGUGAAUGCGAAUUUAGACAUCACAGAAUUCAGAAUGUAUCUAAAUUCAAUAAACAUCAGGUCCUUCAGCUUUUGGGGAAAAUAGAUGCAGUGGUGAAGGAGACCGGGGGAAGUGCGCUACAAGAGAAGAAACACUCAGGAACACUGAAAAGACCUCAAGAACAUUUGAGUGAAAAAACAGUAAAGGAAAAACUGGAGGAGAGUAAAGUGUCUGAUCUGAGGAUUAUUCUGUUGGGAAAAAGUCUCUCUGACACCGGCAGUGUGGGAAACUACAUCCUGGGCAGAUCUGCGUUUGAGACUGAAGGGUCUCGACAUUCAGUAUCACUUCAGUGUGGGAGAGUUAGAGGACAUGUGAAGGGAAGAACCAUCACCAUCGUCAAUGCACCUCAUCUUUUUCAACAAACCCUCUCGAAUCAUCAGCUCACACAGUGUCUUAAAGAGUGUGUGUCUCUGUCGGAUCCUGGACCUCAUGUGAUCAUGCUAAUUAUACAGCCAGAAGAUUUCACUGAAGCAGACAAAAGAAGAGUGGAUCGCAUUCUUUCAGAUCUGUCUGAGGAGGCUCAUAAUUACACCAUGGUGCUAACGACAAAGAACAUAGAAAUCAGCACCAGUGUAGAUCAAGAUCAGGAAACUAUCCUACAGGAGAUCAUUGCCGAAUGUAAUUACAGACAUUUAAAUUUCAGUGGAUGCAGCCAGGAUGCUCUUGUGAAGAAGAUGGAAGAGAUGGUCAAGGUGAAUAAAGGAAACCUUAUCUGCGAGGUAUAUGAAGAAGCUGACUCUGCAGUAGGCCAAAAACCAUCUGAGCAAUUCAGAGGCCAACUGGAAAAUCAAGAAACAGUAACACUGGGAGAGCAUACUAAACCGAAAAAGCGAGGAAAGUCUGGUCAUGCAGGCAUAAAACCCACAUUUAGUAAACUUGAACAAAUUGGAUUAAAUUUGAUGAAGGAACACAGUGAAUUAAAAGAGACUCCACAUUUGAACCUAGUGCUGCUGGGAAUGGAAGCAUUAACGGCCUCAGUGUCUAAAAUAUUAUUGGGUAAAAAGUCCUCACUGGUCCAGUCAGAGUCCAGCUCCGAGUGUGUGGUAAGGAAGGGAGAAGUGUGUGGACACCUGAUAACGCUGGUGGAGAUGCCCGCUCUCUACAACACUCGGCUCUCAGAACAGGAAGUGAUGCGUCUGACUCGACACUGUGUCUCUGUCUGUGAUCCUGGAGUCCAUGUUUUCUUUAUCAUGGUUUCUGAAGGUCUCACUGAUGAAGAUAAUGCAGAAAUAAAGAUGAUUCAGAGGGUCUUCAGCUCCAGAAUUAAUGACCAUGUCAUAUUCCUCAUCAACCAGCAGUUGCAGAAGGAACAGAUAGAUCAGACUCUUCAGUCUGUGAUAAAGACACACGGAGGACGAUCUAGAUUCUACAGCAGCAAAACAAAAGCAGAUGAUCUGUUUAUCUGUGUUAAAGAUCUUCUUGAAAACAACAACAAUCGUCCGUACACGAUGGCCAUGUACGCUGAUGCCCAGGUUGAAACACAGCUGCAGUACAAAACAGAAAUUGAAAAUCUGCAACAGCAAGUGACUGAACUCAAGAGGAGGACUCAAACAGAAGAUUUAUCAAAAAGCCCUGACACUCUCAGAAUUGUGCUGUUGGGGAAGACAGGAGUUGGGAAGAGCGCAUCAGGAAACACCAUUCUGGGGAAAAACGUAUUUGAUGAAAUGAUGUCACUUCAAUCAGUUACCUAUGUGUGUCAGAAAGAGACCGUAGAGCUCGGUGGGAGACGGAUUACUGUGAUCGACACUCCAGGACUGUUUGACACAAAUACUGAUAAUGAAGAAACCAGGAAAGAGAUUGUUAAAUGCAUAUCGAUGGCAGCACCUGGUCCUCACGUGUUCCUGCUGGUGCUGAAAAUUGGACAACGCUUCACACAGGAGGAGAGAGAGGCAGUGAAAUUCAUUGAAAAGACUUUUGGUAGAAAAUCAAACACAUACACCAUCGUACUCUUCACCUGGGUUGAUGUGCUUAAUGAACAGACAUUUGAACAGUUUAUGAAAACUGCUGGGCCAGAAUUAAACAAACUUCUGUCAGCCUGUGGUAAACGAUAUCAGGUGUUCAGCAACCGUGAUAACUGCAGCAACACUCAGGUGUCAGAGCUCCUGGAUAAAAUCGACUCAAUGGUGAAGGUGAAUGGAGGAGGCUGUUACACUAAUGAGAUGUUCCAGGAGGUCGAGGAAGCUCUAGAAGAAGAAAAGGAGAGAAUACUGAAAGAGAGAGAGGAGCAGAUAGAGAGAGAGAAAGAAGAACUGAAGACCAAAUAUGAAGCUGAAAUGGAGGACAUGAGGAGAGAGAUGCAGAAACAAAAAGAAAGACAAGAAGCAGAGGAAAGAAGAAAAGAGGAAGAAUUUAAACAGAGAGAAGAGCAAAUAAAAAGAGAUAUGGAAAAAAGGGAACAACAGGCAAGAGAGGACUUUCAGAAGAGAAGAGAAGACGAUGACAUGAAGAUGAAAGAAUGGGUGCAACAAAUAAACAGAGAGAGUGAGGAGAACAGGAAACAGUGGGAGAGACAAAGACAGGAAGAUCAGAAACGGAGAGAUCAGGAGGAGGAGGAAAGGAAGAGGAGAGAACAAGAGUGGAAGGAGCAACAGAGAGCGGAGAAUGAGAAUUUAGAAAAAGAAAAAGAAGAGAUGAAAAUUCAUAAAGAAAAAGAAUUAAAGAAACUACAACAGGAGUAUGAACAGAAGGCAGCAGAAGAAGACAGGAGAAGAAGGGAUUUAGAAGAAAAGAUAAAGGAUGCAGAGGAAAGUAAAAAGAAGGAACUACGGGAUCUUCAGUUAUCUCAGCAACGAGAGUGGGAGCAGAGGAUGAGGGAGGAGGAGGAGAAGAGAAACAAACAGCAGGAGGUCUGGGAGGAAAGAAUUGCUGCUAUGGAUAAGUGGAGUUUAGAGCUGUUUAGGAAGCAGAAUCAAUAUGAGUGGGAAAGACAGAAAGAAAAGGAGGCUAGAGAUUUAAGAGAGAAGGAAAGAAAAGAGAAAGAAGAACAAGAAAGGAAAAGAAUAGAAAAUGAUUUGAAUGAAAAGAUCAGAAAUAUGGAGGAACAGCUAAAGGCACAAAGAGAAAAAGAUGAGCGAGAAAGAAAGGAAAAGGAGGAAGAACACAAAAAGGAAAUGGAGGAAAAACUACGGAAACAACAGGAAGAUUUCAGAAAGGAGAAAGAAGAAGAAGAAAGAAAACACAAGGAGGAGGAGGAGAGAAAUCUUGCCUUCAUUACAGAGCAACACAAGAAAGAACUGGAGACCCAGAAAGCACAGACAGAAGCAGCAGCCAGGAAACAGGCAGAGGAAGAAUUUAAAGCUCAACUUGAUGCAGAAGUUAAACAGGCAGAGGAAGAAUUUAAAACUCAACUUGAUGCAGAAGUUAAACAGGCAGAGGAAGAAUUUAAAGCUCAUGAAGAGGAAGAAUUUAAAGCUCAUGAAGAGGAAGAAUGUGAUGAUGAUGAUGAUGAUGAUGAUGAAAAAGUUAAACGGGCAGAGGAAGAAUGUGAUGAUGAUGAUGAAAAAGUUAAAGAGGCGAUGCGUAAAGGGUUUGAAGCGGGCUGUGCACACGUCGAGUCAAAAAGAACAAGAGCAGGCAGACUUGUGGAUCGAAUUGUUAAAGCUUGUUCCAUGAAGAAAGAACAAAAGAAAACUGAAUGAAAGCUUGUUUGAAAUUCAUUCAGACUUGAUGUUUUUUAAUCCACAUUUUUUAGUUAAUAUCAGUUUAUCAGUAGAUUAACAUGUGAUUUAUAUCAACAGCAUUAUGCUUUGUUUCAGGUCGGUUUGCCUCUAUUUUAAUUACAUUGUGGGGUUUUUGUCACAUAAAAUUAGAUUCUGUAUUUUUUAAUAUAAAUAUCUUAUUUCUGUUUCUGUGGUUACUGAUCUACUGGGGUUUAAAUUUGAAGCACAACGACACAGUUCCACUCCAUAUUCCUUUAUUUUACCUCCAAAUGGACCAUUAAUCAAUCAGAGAUCUUCCCCUGAAGAUCACUAGCCUGGGAAAUCCCAUGCUGCUUUGCACAAUCGUUCCGAUCUGAAAAGAAAAGACAUAUUUCACUUGUGAUAUGGUCUGGUGUUAACCAGACUAGAAGAUCACUGCAGUUAGACUCUCUCUCUGUAUUCCCUAUUAUUCCCGACUAUUACCAUUCCUUUGUUUUGUUUGUUUGUUUUGUGUAUAUGCUUUUAUCUGUGUUGUACUAUGAAAGCUAAGUGGUAUCGGAGUCAAAUUCCUCAUGUGUUCGCAUACCUGGCAACAUGGGCGCCGCCAGGGGGGGAAAGGUUAGAACAAUUCUAGGGGCCCAGCACUGCCAUGGGGUCCUUUAAGGGGCUGAAAAUAUGCUUUUAAUGAUUUUAAUAAGACUUUUGAAAUAACAACAAUGCAAUAUUCCAUCUGGUAAAAUGAGCUAAUUGAACAAGGUUGUCUAUUUCUUGAGUUCUUCAACAUAUUGUCAUUUAACCCUCCCCCUUUUGCGAAAUGGUACGGUCCAGUUCUGGUAGAAGCGCGAUGCGUUAAAUCUGUGUGCUGAUCAGUGCAACGCUACUUGCUGCUGUGUCGCGGUGCAGCAGCCAGCCAGCAGUGGAGUGCGUACAGUCUAUGAUCGCUAAAUAUGAAGAGUGGCUGUCAAAAACGUAAAGAAAGGCAGCUGAAAGCUGAGAGGGACCGGAGAGGGAGGCAACUGGUCACUCAGUUUUUCCCAAAGAAAGGUAGCUAUCGCUCACAUGUGUGUUCAAAAUGUUAGCGAAUGGUAAAUGAACAGUAUGAACGUGGUUGGAUUAGCCUAUCAAGAGAACACUUUUACAGUUUGUACAGUGACAUUUUUUCCAUUUUAAUAACUGAACUGACUUGUGUGAUAAACAAGAUGAAAUAUUACAUUAUGCUGGUGCUAAUAACUAGUGCUAAUAACCAGUUUCAUAACUAAUGGGGUGCCCUAAAUAUGCACAGAUUCAGCCUCAGGGGGACCUCCGCCCUAGCAAACCACUGAACCCCCCUUUGGAGAAGGAGGUAAGCAGCAAUACAACCCAUAAAUGCUUUAGGAUUGAAGUUUUUAAUGAUAAUUUUUGAACAUAUUCCCUUUUUGCAGAACAGUACACACAGCUUUCUACCUAACACAUAACAAUCCAUGGGAUUUCCAUAGGUAUUUUGAUGCUGGGUAGAAAACUUUUUCUAUGAUUUAUUAGCAGUCACAUCACACAUUUCACUACCAAUUGUCCUAGCACAAGAAGGCAUGUGGCAAAAUCUUGAAUUUUCAUUUGUGAUUGUAAAUGCACCAGAAUUAGUCACUGACCAGUUUUCACCUAGUCCCUGGUAGGUUAAUACAUAAAAUGUAAUAACAAAGUCACAAACUCAAGGUCCAUGGGCUAUCAAAAGUCAAAUAAUGACAAUAGUGCAAUUGUAACGAGGGUGGGCAAAGUUGGGGGGCCCAAAAUUCUAAUCUUUCAUGGGACCCAAAAUUUCUGACGGCGCCCCUGCCUGUCAAUAAAAGUGUUUCUGAUUCUGAGAUGCACGACAUGGACAAAAGUCCCUGAAUAUAAUAUAUUUGUGUUUGUUGUAUGCAUUAAUAUGGAGUUCACGCACUCUUCACUGCUGUAACAGACCAAUUCACAGAUACCAACAUCACUAACAAGAAAUUCACAGCACAGAGAGAAACACAGAUUGUUACCACUGAUCGUGUAUAUCAGUGGAGAAAACGGAUAUUUAUCUGCAAUUUGCAGAAAUGUUUGUAUUUAAAAGCAACCAGCUGAAUGCAUAAAGAAAUAUUAUUUGGUUAUUAUACAACAUUUACAGAAGUGUAGUUGCUCUGCAGUGUGCUCCAUGUCCAUAGAACAACAAACUGCCUUUAAAUGCAGUGGAAGAGUUUUAUUACCUCGCCAGGGCGGAGUCCACCAGGGGGCGAGGCAUUGUUUUCAGUGGGGUUUGUUUGUUUGUUUGUAUGUAUGUUUGUUUGUUUGUUUGUUUGUUUGUUUUUGUUUUUUGUUCAUGACACUACAGGAAAACAGCUGGACCAAUCUUCAUGGUCCCCUCUAUACUGAAAUAUCUUAAAUGGCGACUCGCACAAUACUUUCAGCUCAGUUCUUGUUUGUCACAGAUAAAAUAAUUGCAAAUUAUGUAUGUAAACAAAGUGCUGUAAUCUUUGAAAUAAACAUUUUUUCAUUGCUA